AUGGGAGAUGAAGAGAGUGUAUCAGAUUUCUCCAGAAAAUUGUCUCGAAUAAUUACUCAAAUCAGAAAUUUAGGGGAAAAGAUGAAAGAAAGCACUGUAGUCGCGAAACUUCUCCAGACAACUCCUGCAAGGUUUGACCCCAUCACUACCUCUCUUAAGCAAUUUGGUGAUAUAGAUUCAAUGCCCUUUGAAGAAGAAAUGGAAUCACUAAAAAUCUAUGAAGAGAAGCUCAAGACUCGUCAGUAG